UGGAAGAAAGUUAGUUAUGCAGAGCGGGCAGCGACGACACGAAGCCGAAGUAUGUCGGGAGGGGCAAAUGUUACAGAGAACACUAAGAGUCAGCUCCAGAAUAAAUAGCAGUUAACUUUUCCCCGGAAGUUUUGUACCAAAAAAAAUGUACUCGAACAAUGCGGUUCGUUUCUCUGUUGUCGACCUGUUCUUUAUCGGUCUCGGUAUGGGCACUUUCCUUCUGGACCUUGGGACUGAUGCCUGGGUAAUGAUCUCCUUCUACCUUGCCGGAGAUUAUUUUUGGGGCAGCAUAGUGUUGAGUCUGGCGCUGCUGUGCUCGGCGGUCGUCCAACUGUUCAGCUGGUUUUGGUUCGCUGGGGACCGGGAGCAGCAGAGUUAUUUCAACUCCGGACUGUUAGCAAAGUUGAAGACCACGCCAGGAGACUGCGUCUUGGGCCUGUUACACUGGUUGCAGCUGGGGUUCCUGAUCAGGUACGUAACGGCACUGGAGGUAGGCUUCCGAGUAAUCAGAGAGGGCGAGGCCAUGGGUGCACAGUACGCCAUUUACCUGGUCUGUGAUAUCAGCAUGCUACGACUCUUUGAGAGCAUCUUUGAAAGUGCUCCUCAACUCGCAUUAAUGCUCUACAUCGUUAUGCAGAGGAAUCACGCGGAGAUUCACCAGUAUUUCUCCCUUGUGGCGUCUUUCCUCUCCAUCGCCUGGGCUCUCCUGGACUUUCACCAAUGUCUGCGCACAUCUCUUUCUGAUAAAAUGCCCCUUCGGUUCAAGUCAGCCGUGACUUACCUCCUGUGUAACCUGCUGCUCACCUGUCCCAGGAUUAUAAGCAUUGCUUUGUUUGCAACUGUGUUCGGACAGUACGUCUUCUUGCACUUUGCUCUCGUGUGGCUGCCGAUGUUCUUCUGGGCAUGGCAACAAGGCACAACCUUCAUGAAACGAUUUCCAGAAGAGGUCUUCUAUCGAGGUACAGUGGCCGUGAUCUUGUAUUUCACUUGGCUUAAUAUCGCUGAGGGAAGAACACGCGGCAGACAGAUUAUCUAUCACUCGUUCAUAGCAGUGGAUUGUGGAAUCCUCACUGGAUUUUGGUGGCUCCACAGAGACCCAGUUCUAACUGCUCCCUACGCAGGUCUACUACUUAUUGGUAUAUCAUUAUCUUACCUUAUUGGUAUGAUUGUGAAGUGUCUUUAUUAUGAGUGUCUCCAUCCCUUAAUUGAAGCAGAGUACUUGCCAAGUGAUGACGAAACAGACAGUUUACAGGAAGAUGGAUUCCGAUCGUUUCGUGAGAGGGCACCUUUAGUGAACAAGAGAAUGAAAAUCCUUUCCAAUGGUUUUUACUAUUUCCUACCUGAGGGGGAAAGUUUCAUCACUAAAACAGAGGAAACUAAAGUCUAAAGAUAGAGUAUUUUCGUAAAUGCAUGUUUGCACAAAACGAAUUUCCUCUGCAAUUGUACUAAUGUUGGAUUGAUUUCAGGGCAAAACAUGUUUUAUGGGGCAUGUUUCAGCUUGAGUGAGCAAAGUUAAAGCAAGUUGUCGUAUUGUUAUUCUUGCCCCAGAUGUGUCUCCUCCUGUCCUGCCAUUCUCAGGUGCCACAGUGCUGGAAAAGGAGUCAGUCAGUUAGCUGACUAUAAUAAGUAAGUUGCAACUUCUCACUGUGAAUCUUCAGGUUUGCACAUGCAAUACAGUUAGUUCUUCCUUGCUGUCCAUUGCAGUGGAGCGAUAUUGACUAACCACAAGGAUCAUUAGUUCACAAUCACUAUUAACGAUCCAUAGAUGAUAAUGACUCUAACCACCUAUUUCCCAAAAUCAACCUCACCAUCUAUCUCCUGCCAGCAUGCUCAGCAAAUCUAUAGAAUAGUAGAUGUAAACAGGAUCAAUGCAAGGGCAUAGAAGGCAACAAACUGUUGAAAUGCGAAUAUAAAUAAAUAGCAAUAAAUAACAAGAGCAUGAAAUAACAAGAAAGAGUCCUUAAAGUGAGAUGAUUGGUUUCGGGAACAUCUCAAUGGAUGAGUGUAAAUACCCUCUUUUGGGCAUAUGGCCAAGUGGUUAAGGCGUUCGUCUAGUUAUCUCGAGGUCGCUAGUUCGAGCCUCAGCUGUGGCAGCGUGUUUGUGCCCUUGAGCAAGGCACUUAACCACACAUUGCUCUAGUAUCUGUGCGAGGAGUGGCGCCCCACACAGACUUCCAAUCUGCGCCUUGUAAGGCAUGAAAAUGCCCGACGCAGGCCUCUCAUGGUCUGAGUCGACGUUCCUCCUCCCCUUUGUUCAAGAGCCUGAUGGUUGAGGGGUAGCAACUGUUUUUGAAUCUGGUGGUGUGGGUCCUGAGGCUCUUGUACCUCCUACCUGAUGGAAGCAAUGAGGAAAGAAUGUGGUCUGGGUGGUGGGGAUUUUUGAUGAUGAACGCUGCUUUCCUAUGACGCUGUUCCAAAUAGAUGUGCUCAAUGGUUGGGUGAUGUGCUGGGCGAAUCCAUCACCUUUUGUAGGAUUUUCCGUUCAAAGGCAUUGGUGUUUCUGUACCAGGCCGUGAUGUAGUCAGUCAAUACAUUCCCCGCUACACAUCUGUAGAGGUUUGUCAAGUUUUUUGCUGUUGUGCCGAAUCUCUGCAGCCUUCUAAGGAUAGUGCAGGAUAAGGGAGAUAAAAAAAAAAACAAGGCUCAGUCCUUGAGACGGGAGACCUAAGAGAGAGCAGGUGUGGGAAGUCUGAAGCAACACACAAAAUGCUGGAGGAAUGCAACAGAUCAGGCGGCGUGUCCUGGUGAGUUGUGCCGGCUCUCGUCUUGCUUUAGGGCUUCUCGAGUUUCUCAGAUGGAAAAACAUCGAGUGGCUGGGACUGAGACACUCCAGAGAAGGUGAUCAAUACACCAGAUGAGCUCCAAUGCCUUGUUGAGUUUCCUGAUAAACUUUAAACUUAAUACAUACAAUAAAAUAACUGAAACUUAAGUACGGUGCGCCAGCCUUAGAAAUGGAAGUUAGAGCAAUGAAUGAUUGGAUUGAAUGGGAAAAGAAUUGGAUUUCACACAUUCAGGAAACAGUAACUAUGCUCCCUAUACUGUGCUGGUGCUAAGUAGAACUUAUGCCAAAAAAAAAGGGGUGAGUAUAAUUCCUGUAAGAAGCUGUAUGGAAACCCCCUAACCACUCCUUCUUUGUCAUGGUGAUCACAGAGAAAUGUGUCAAAGCUCAAAUAGCACUCAGUGGUAUGAAUAAUGAAUUUCCAGUUCCAGCUGACUCUCACUUCCUGUGCGCCCCGCUUUCUCAGAAGCAAACAAGAUGCUGGAGGAACUCAGCGGGUCGCGCCGCGGGCGUGGAGGAAAGCGGACACAUACUGUUUUGGAUUGAAACUCUUCACCUGGAUUUGGGAGGGGAGACGGGUGGCGCGGUAGCGUAGUGGUUAGCACAGUGGAUUACAGAGCAGGUGACAAGGGUUCAAUUCCCGCCACUGCCUGUAAGGAGUUUGCACGUCCUUCCCUUGAUUGCAUGGGUUUCCUCCGGGUGCUCUGGUUUCCUCCCAAAGACCUACCAGUCGGUACGUUAAUUGGGCAUUGUGAAUUGCCCCGUGAUUAGGCCAGGAUUAAAUUUGGGGUUGCUGGGCACGUGGCUCAAAGGCCUACACCACACUGUACCUUAGUCAACAAAAUUAAAUAGCUGCUAUAAAAAAGUGAGGGUGGGAAAUGGAGCAAGAGGUAUCCCAUGAGAGGUGGAUCCAAGUGAAGGGGACGAUAGGCAGUUGGAGGAGGGAGAAGUGAAAAUUGCAACUGAGGCCUCGGAGUGAUGUGAAGGCGACAGAGGGCUGAGCAGAUGAUGGAAUCUGAUAGGCGGUGGAGCACGGUCAAAUAAGGGAAGUGGGCAGGCCAGAGAAACAGGGUGACGGGGGCAGAGUGAGUGCAGGAUGAACUGAAUAGAUCAUGAGAAAGGUGAUGGGGGGGUGCGGGCAGGGAAUUCUCAAAUUCAGUGCCUCAUCAGAUCCAUACCUUUUCACUCUAGCAUAUAAAGUCUAACAUUUUCGGGAGUUAUAUUUACUCUUCAAAGCCACUUAGUGGAGCACUGAGACGUUCUGUCAGUGCUGACCUUUCAGUAGCUGAUUGCCCAAAUGGGUUACCAUGCAGUUAGAUAGAUAGAUAGGUAGAUAGACAUACUUGGGUUUCGUUACAGCCGCACCAACCAAGAAUAGAGCAUAAAUAUAGCAAUACAAAAACCACAAACAAUCAAACGACAAUAUGCAAACUAUGCCAGACGGAAAUGGGUCCAGGACCAGCCUAUUGGCUCAGGGUGUCUGACCCUCCACGGGAGGAGCUGCAAAGUUCAUUAGCCACAGGCAGGAACAACCUCCCGUGACGCCCAGUGUUGUAUCUGGGUGGAAUAUAGCCAGAGUCCAACAGCAAAAAGUUCAAUAUCCGGUCUACAAACACGUUCCUCGAUCGUAAUAUGACCAGGAUUGCUCAAUAUGGCUCAAGGGCUUUCUCAGUAACCAAGCUGCAGCCAUCCUUUGCUAUUCUGAGUUGAAAACCAAACCCUUUACUGGUGCCAGCCUGCCUGCCAUCGAUAACUCCACUUAAUAUCAGAGAAUGUGUACAAUAUACAACCUGAAAUUCUUACUCUCCGCGGACAUCCUCGAAACGGAGGGAAAAACCCAAAAAAACGAAUGGCAGGAAAGGGCCAGUAACCUCAUGAAGGAUCCCACUCACCCUGCCCACGGACUGUUUGUCCCACUCCCAUCAGGGAAGAGGCUGCAUAUCAUCCACACCAGGACCACCAGACUCAAAAACAAUUGCUUUCCCCAAGCAGUAAGACUGAUCAACACCCACUACCCACCCCCGACACUACUUUGUCAUUCCCUGUCAGAGUCACCUUGCGUGCAGAUACUCCCGUGCCUCACUUUAUGCAUACAAUCGUUCUACGAUAUUGAUAUAACUAUCUUACGUACUUAUAUUUAUUGUGUUUUUUAAUUAUUAUUGUGUUCCUUAUUGUGUUUUUAUUGUGCUGCAUUGGACCAGGAGUAACAAUUAUUCUGUUCACCUUUACACUCAUGUACUGGAAAUGACAUUAAACAAU